AUGGGAGAAUUGGGCCCCGACGUCAAAGCUAUAGAGGAGCAACUACAGCUCACAUUCACUCGUAUACAAAAGUGGUCAGCAAUCCUGCUCUUUGAUGAAGCGGACGCUUUCAUGGUGGAAAGAAGUGAGAACGAUCUUGAACGCAAUGCGUUGGUAUCUGAGUAUCAAUCUGGUAUAUUGUUUCUGACUACCAACAGGCUUGGCGACUUUGACAGUGCCUUUUUCUCCCGAAUCGAUAUCUCUCUUGCAUUCAAAAAACCAGACUUGACCCAACGAACCCUAAUCUGGAAACAACUUGCCGCUAAGCUGGCAGACGGGAUAUGCGACGAGGAAUUUGAGAGGCUUGGGAAAUGGGAAAUCGAUGGGAGACGAAUCAAAAACGUCCUGAAGGUGGCGUCGCUGUUAACUGAGGGAAGAAAGCAGGGCACAGGGGCUCUGUUGACCUAUUAUAUGGUUGUCCAGGCUUUGGAUAUCGCAGCUCAAACUCCGGGAGACAAAGGGGCAACUGACCCGCGCGGCAGUUCUAGUGUGCAACACCCAAAAACAGGUCUGGAGGGGAUAUAA